CCCCGCCCCGGGCCGCCCCUGGGGCGGGCGGCGGGGCCGAGCUGGCCGCGGGCCGCCCCGUGCCCCCUGCCCGAGCAGGCCCUGCCGUGGCGAGGCGCCGCUCGGCCCCGGGCGUCCCGCGCAGCCGCCGGCGGAGGGUGACGGGAGGCGGCGGGGAAGCUUGCGAGGAAAAGCCGUGAGAAACUUCUGCUAAAAACCAGCAACCGUGGAGGAGAGUGUUGCGUCUGAAAAAUUUAAAAACUUCUCUAACUACUUGGUUAACAAAAUGAAGCCUGCUAAGCUGCACUAUUGGAUUCUGGGUUGUUUUUCUAUGGUGUUGUGUUGUGGGUGUACUUCGGAGAAAUUCCUUCUGAGUGACAGUCACCCCCAUGCCUGGGAAAAGCUGUAUCUUGCUCAUCAUUGGCCAGUGACUGUAUGUAAGAUGAGUGCUAAUGAUUGUCAGGACCCUCCAGAGUACUGGACGAUCCAUGGACUAUGGCCUAACAGAGGUGAAGAAUGUAAUAGGACAUGGCACUUCAAUGUCACUGAGAUUAAGGAUCUUAUGUCAGACAUGAGAUGCUAUUGGCCUGAUGUCCUUCAUUCAUCUCAGAACUGCACCCACUUCUGGAGACAUGAGUGGGAGAAGCAUGGAACUUGCGCAGCCACACUUCAGAUCCUUAAUUCUCAGAAGAAGUAUUUUGGUAAAGCCCUGGAACUCUAUCAACACCUUGAUCUUAACAGUUCUCUCCUGAAAGCUGGGAUAAAGCCAGGCAGUACAUAUUACCAGAUGACGGCCAUUAAAGAAGCUCUCACAAGUUUUUAUGGUGUAACACUAAAGAUCCAAUGUCUUCCUCCAGAAGAGGGUGAAAAAGCACAAACAAUUGGCCAGAUUGAAUUCUGCUUCUCCAAAAAAUUGGAGCUGAGAAACUGCACAGAAUCGACGGGUGGAUCCGAGCGGAUGCAGGCUGACUUGGAGCUUGGAACAGGAGAGUUGUCUGUCUGCGAUGAUACUCUCCCUACCUACUACCCUUCACAGGUCCAAAGUCACAAAUGAAACCACAAGAGCUUGAAAAACUUUUUAAACAAAAGCCCUUUAAGCAUUACACCUUAGAAAGCAGUCUUGACUUAGCAAUAUUACCAAAACCUGUCCAUUAUCACUGGCAUGCUAUGAGGAGUUCUGCUGGAGGCAGAAUGUGCUCCUUUUUCUGUUAAAGGAGAACAGCCUACUGUAGCAGAUAACAAAAUGUGGGCCGAAGUCUUGAAUUGUUGUUCUGGUAUUGAUGGAGUUGGAAUCUGAUUUCCAGUUUUGUCUGGAUUUUUUUGGCUCAUUUACAGUUGAAUCAAUGUUCAAAAGAGAGCUGUGACUUCUUAGUUUCAUUUGCAGUUAAGUCUGCCACAUUAGCCGCUUUCUUCUAUUUUUUGCCAGUGCACCGGGGGAUUAAGUCAUCCUUUGUCCCGAAAGGAUGCUCAUCUCUCUGAGGUGAGAUGAGAAUUUCUUGGGAAAAAAAAUAUUGUUAUACAGGAGAACUUCGAGACCUGCCUGGAGGUCCUUUUCCAAACCCAAUACCCAUUGCUUUCUGUAAACUUGCUCUCCAGAAGUACUGAACGGAGGCCACAUCCUCUGAGGCAUUAAACCUUUUCUUACCCAGAGGUCACUGAGGACCAAUGACAACUUUUUCACAACUUCUUAGUGAAUGAAAUAAUAGUAUAGGAAAAUAACAUUACGCCUUAGAAACAUGAUAUUUAUUCUUAAUUUUUCAUCUCAUUUGAGCAUUUAGCACUUCUACAUAGGUGUGAGUGCCUGAAAUCCAUUUUAAAAAAAUGAAAUUUUCACAUAAUCACUUGGUUCCAAGAAACAGCUUUUUAUGGGAAAAACAGUAAAUACUACAAGAUUUUCAGUGAAAAGUACAAAUAUUGGCAAUAGUGCAUCUCCAUCCAAUAAUAAUUAAUUAUGUGCAACAAAACUAAAAGUUUCCAAAUGGCACCAAAUUUGGAUAACAUCCACUAUGAAGAGCUGCGUUGAUGCAAGUGUCCCAAAUUGUCUCUCAAAGAAAUUGUGGCUCAAGGAACCAUCUGUUAGAAAAAUAUUACUGGAAAAACAUGAAAUGCAGUGUUAGGAACAAAAAUUACUGUGCCGUCUUGGUUUUAGAAACCAUUCAUAUAUACUCUCAUUUUCUGCUGCCACUAUCUCUGUACCACCAUUCAUUUAAGGCUCUGUUACCUUGCCAUUCCAGAAUGCUGUUAAUUUUUUGAGUCCUUUCUUUAGAAACCCAGAGAUCUUGCUUUAAAAAAGAAGAAAGGAAAUACAGUAAAGGAGUGUGUUCUGCACUCUGUCGUGCCUUUCAGGGGAGGAGGGCAUUCUCUUUCAAAAUUUGUCUUCCUUUCUAAGAGGGGGAAUAUGCUAACAUAAUUUGUUUUUAAAGUAUGCUACCCAGCCUUUAAAAUCAACCCAGUUGUUCAGGAAUAGCCUGUUCUUCCCCCUCUACUAUUAGGGUCUUACUAGAAGUAUUUGAAACUGAUCUUACUGGUCACAAAUGGAGAAUUUUGAAGGGAAAGGGCUGAGAAUGUAACGUGGUACCUGGCAUAUAUAGCAAUGAAUUCACUGGUAGUUUAACUAGGCUCAUAUUUUUGGGUGAACUGGCUUCAAGGGCUGUUUGAUUAUAUUAAAUCCGGUAAGUGUUUUUGUGUGAAUUCUGGAUGGUAAGGCUGAAUUUCCCUGUUAAAUCUUUUUUCAGCAAAGUAUAACAGGAUGACUCCUGCUGUUGAUUAUGUGUGUAGCGCUCCGGCUGAACUCGGUGGGAACUCUGCAUGCAUUCUGAGCACACAAAGUUGACUCAAAGACCAGAAAUAAUCUAUUGCUUAUUGGUAUUGUUUUGGACAUGUUUCAGGGAGAGGCAGUGAAACAGGAAAAAUAUGUUGCCUUUUGGAAAUGUUGUGAUGAUUCAAUAGUUUCUGCAGGGUUAGUUUUAAUAAUUAUGUGUAAUGUUCUAAUACUAAGAGGGAAACUUUGCAGACAACACUUUCUAAAAUUUCAGUGUGUAUGUAUGUUUGUGUGUAUAUUGAAUAUAAUCGCACAUCUAUUUCCAACCAAGAGCAGUAGUACUGGAUUGCUUUAUUCAGGAACUGUGCUGGUAUGGUUUAAGAAAUUGUCAGUGCUCCAAAGCUAAUAAAAAUUAUAUAUAAUGUCAGAAACAUGA